GAGACCCUGCAGUACGCUUUUUAGAGGGGGGGCUGGUGUGAUUGUACACCGGCCUAGUUACUAAUAUCUAGAAAGUUUCUCUGCACCCCCUCCCCCCCAUUAUGUUUUUUAGGAGGCUCAUGCAUUAGGGGAAAAGUUAGCUGGUUCUCUAGCGGGCUUGGUGUUCUUCAGCUUUUGCGGGUCUCCUGUGCCACUCGGAGGGGGUAGAACAGCCAUGCCUCAAUUAAACAGCGGUGGGGGGGAUGAGUUAGGGGCGAACGAUGAGCUGAUCCGGUUUAAGGAUGAGGGCGAGCAAGAGGAGAAAAGUCCCGGGGAGGGAUCGGCCGAGGGGGACCUGGCCGACGUCAAGUCUUCACUGGUUAACGAAUCGGAGAAUCACAGCAGCGACUCAGACUCCGAGGUCGAGAGACGCCCCCCUCCACGAGAGAGUUUUGAGAAACCUCGGGAUUACCUGUCGGAAGCAUUCAGGAGGCAGCACCAAGAUGCAGCUUUCUUUAAAAGCUCACCCUAUGCAGGCUACCCGUUCCUGAUGAUCCCUGAUCUUGGAGGCCAUUACUUGCCCAAUGGUGCCCUAUCACCCAGUGCCCGCACGUAUUUGCAGAUGAAAUGGCCUCUCUUAGAUGCCCCCAGUACUGCCGGCUUGAAGGAUGCCAGGUCGCCAUCACCCGCUCAUAUGUCCAACAAGGUGCCAGUUGUCCAGCACCCUCAUCACAUGCACCCUCUAACGCCCCUCAUCACCUACAGCAACGACCGCUUCUCGCCGGUGACUCCUCCUGGACAUUUGUCACCUGAAAUAGACCCAAAGACCGGCAUCCCACGCCCGCCUCAUCCAUCAGAGCUUUCUCCAUACUACCCGCUGUCCCCUGGAGCUGUAGGACAGAUUCCUCACCCCUUGGGCUGGCUGGUUCCACAACAGGGCCAACAUAUGUAUUCCAUCCCUCCUGGCGGAUUCCGGCACCCAUAUCCCGCGCUCGCCAUGAACGCCUCAAUGUCCAGUUUGGUUUCCAGCCGCUUUUCUCCACAUAUGGUGCCUCCUCCUCACCACAGCUUGCAUACCUCAGGGAUCCCUCACCCUGCCAUUGUCUCGCCAGUUGUAAAGCAGGAGCCAUCCUCUGGAAACCACAGUCCCAACCUCAACAUGAAACCAGGCAUGCAAGUUAAGAAAGAAGAAGAGAAGAAGCCACAUGUUAAAAAGCCGUUGAAUGCCUUCAUGCUGUACAUGAAGGAGAUGAGAGCCAAGGUUGUAGCAGAGUGCACACUGAAGGAGAGCGCAGCCAUCAAUCAGAUCCUAGGUCGUCGGUGGCACUCUUUAUCGAGGGAAGAACAGGCCAAGUACUAUGAGCUAGCCAGGAAAGAGCGGCAACUGCACUCCCAGCUCUACCCGACGUGGUCUGCAAGAGACAACUAUGAUGUCAUGUUCCAGGGUAAGAGAAAGAAGCGGAAGAGAGAGAAGCAGUCCCAGGAAGCAGAAGUUUCCAGACCCAAGAAGGUGUGCGUUCAGCAUCUUCCUGCAGAGAAGACCUGCGACAGCCCGGCCUCCUCCCACGGCAGCAUGUUGGACUCGCCAGCCACCCCCUCGGCCGCUCUCGCCUCUCCCGCAGCCCCUGCUGCGACACACUCUGAGCAAGCUCAGCCGCUGUCCCUCACCACCAAACCAGAAUCAAGAGCGCAGUUAUCUCUCAGCCACUCUGCAGCCUUCCUGGCCUCCAAGUCUCCUCCGUCCUCCAGUCUGUCCGGGCACCUGACAUCCUCUGUCGGAUCGCCGAUGCUCUCUCGGCCCAUCCCGCUCACAUCCUCUGUAUUGUCUCCACCGGGCAUCUUCCAGUUACCCCUAUUGCAGACACAGCCCCUCUCUUUGGUGACCAAAUCUAGUGACUGACAUGAGAAAAAUCCUAUGGCUGGGAUCCCUUCACCUCGAUGGAGUUGUACUCUGCAGAUGUGCACAUGCUCUGCUCUGCACUAGUAUAUGUAUACUGCUUUGCAGAUAUGGAUUUUGCUCUGCACUGAUUGGUGUGUGUACAUAUAUAUAUAUGACGCUCUGUGAGUGGGGACCACUUCUAUCCCGCUCUGACUCUACUCUUCAGGCGUGGACGAUGCUCUGUGGAUAUGGACACCACUGUGUAAUGGUGCAGAUCUUUCAUGACGUUGGCCAUGGUGGGGUCGCAUCAUCUGACAAGGGACUCAUCUGAUGCGGUGAUCAGGAGCACGGUGGGCUAUUAAAGGGACCCUUUCUUCAGUACGGUGGGGACGCCCAUGCACGUGGAUUACGGAUCAAUCGUACCUCCCUUCCAUCGCGCAGCCACGCCACGAGCCGCAUGCAUUAUUGGUCAAUAUUUGACCUUGCGGUUUUACGCUUAACUUGGAGAAACGUUUUUUUCUUUACUUUGAAGUGGAAAUAAUAGGAAUAAAUCCAUGUAUAUUGUACAUACAAAUGUGCCCGGGUAGGGAAAACGGGGGUAUGCAUGUUUCCUUUUGUGGGAGGGUUUCUAUUUUGUAUGUCCUAAGGAAAAGUUAGGAGGAAGGAAAAAGUCUUGGUCCCUCUAAGUGCUGGUCUGGGGGCAGCAAACCAUUUUUUUUUUUUUUUUCUAUAUUAUAUAAAUAUAUAUAUUUUUUUUUAUUUUUAUUUUUUACCUUUCUGGCAUUCCCUGGGUUACUAUCACCUAUAUAUGUAUUUUCUCUCCCACUUACUCUGAGGAUUGUUGUUUUUGCUUUUUUUUUUCCCCCCUCCACCUUUUCUUCUCCAUUCCAGUCUUCUAUACAGUUUUAUGUAUUUUUUUUUUUGUUUUUG